AGAAAAACAGUCCACCCCUGGAGAUAUUCUCUUCAGUCUCCGUGUUGGUCCUAGCGGCGUGUCUCUACAUUACAGCCUUUUUAACAGUGAUCUCAUCACGGCAAGAUUUGAUACCGUCAUAGCAUUGCAGCAAUGGACGCACAUAGCGCUUCAGGUCCAUGAUGUUUCUGCUAGUUUAUUUGUCAACGGUCCUGGCCCCAACUUUUCAGCAACAGUCACCAUCAAACUUGUGAGUCCAGUUUCAGAUAUGGGCGGAAUUUACUGGAUUGGACAAAACAAAAAUGGUACAUUCCGCUUUACUGGAAGAAUCCAAGAUCUUUAUAUUUAUACUGUUGCAAUAUCAAACAGAGAGAUAGCACAGUUGUUCUCAGGCUCAUUUCCAGCAGUUAGAAUUCAGUCAGAAUGUAGAUGUCCAAGUUCUUAUCCUAGAGAAAAACCUGCUCAGACACAAUACUGUAUAAAGAAUGGCGAUCGAGCUGAUACAAAUGAUCAGACCUUAAGAAUAUCAAGGGAUGCCCAUCCCUUAGAAUAUGCUAAUGAUGGGGAUAGUAACAGUGUGUGGAUAUCAAGUUAUCAAAACAAAGUAGAUAUUGAUGUGGAUCUUGGUGACCAAUAUCAGGUGUUCUAUGUGGUCUUGCAGUUUUACAGUCCCUUUCCUAAGGCAGUGACCAUCUUCAGACAAAAAAAUGACACAUCUGGUUUUGAAGCCUGGCAGUAUUAUGCUGAUGAUUGUAGCAGAUUUGGAUUAGUCAACAAUGGGGGCUUGCCUUCCCCAGACAGUGUCAAUUGUUUACAGUUUGGAACUAAUGGAGGAAUUGUGCCCUACUCACUUGGAAAUAUAACUCUGAAUCUGUUGGCACUCACACCUGUUGCUAGGCCAGGGAGCAGUGAUUUUUACAACACACCUGAACUUCAAGACUUUGUUAAGUCAACCAAAGUGAGAGUAAGGCUUGAGGAUCACUAUGACUAUGUCACUAAUGUCCGACACAUGUACUAUGCUUUGUAUGAGCUUAUUAUUACAGCUUGGUGUGACUGCAAUGGCCAUGCAUCUCAGUGUAAUAUGACCAGAUUACCUUAUGUCUGUCAGUGUCAACCAGAAAGUUAUACAGAAGGAAAUAAGUGUGAACGUUGUAAGCCUCUCUACAACAACAAACCUUUUCGUAAAGGUGACCAUCUCCAGGACUAUCCCUGCCAGCCUUGUGUCUGCAAUGGACAUGCAGAUAGCUGUGUCUACAAUGCCACCCUUGACCCUUACCCCCAGAGCCCUGUCCAGGGAGGUGGAGGUGUCUGUGUCAACUGUCAGCAUUUCACCACUGGCAUAUACUGUGAGACUUGCCUUGACUUCUACUACAGGCCAUAUGGAGUGAGUCUGUAUGACCCUAAUGUGUGCCAACCUUGUGACUGUUAUUUGCCAGGACUGAAGAACAUCUCAGUUGUAAACUGUGCCCAGGUCGGAGGUCAGUGCUUUUGUAAGACAAAUGUUGAAGGUCGUAGGUGUGAUGUAUGUAAGCCAGGUUUUUACAAUCUCACAGACUCUAAUCCUGAUGGCUGCUUACCAUGCAACUGUAGUGCUUGGGGAGUUAACAAUGGCAAUGUGACCUGUGAUCAGACAACUGGUCAAUGUUUGUGUAAACAGAAUGUAAGAGGUGUUCAUUGUGAUGAAUGCCAGUUUGGCUCAUACAAUCUGUCAGCUGUUAACCCUCAAGGAUGUACACCCUGUGACUGCAACCCUUUUGGCUCCACAACAACCAACUGUAACACACUGAGUGGUCAGUGUCUGUGCAAGGACAAGGUGGAAGGGACAAAGUGUGAUCGUUGCAAAGAUGGCUUCUUUAACUUUACAAGUGGCUGUGUCCCUUGCAAUUGUAACUUGCUUGGCACAGAGGCUGGCACAGUGUGUAACAAGACAAAUGGUCAGUGUACAUGCAAGAGGAAUGUUAUAGGUUUGGCAUGCAAUCAGUGUAAAGAGGGAACCUUCAGAUUUGGUUCCUCUGUGGACUUUGGCUGCUCAGAGUGUACUUGCCUUUUGGAGGGAACAGUUAAUGGAACAGGAAGGUGUGACACUUCUACUGGUACCUGUAUAUGUAAAACCAAUGUUGAAGGUCUUCAGUGUGGUCAGUGCAAGGUCAACACUUGGGGGUUGAAUGCCAGUGAUGUCUUGGGAUGUCAGCCAUGUAACUGUGAUGCAACUGGCACAUUGUUGGGUAAUUCAUCAGUGUGUGACUCCAAUACAGGUCAAUGUGCUUGUCUUAGUAACCGACAAGGUAGAAGGUGUGACACUUGUGCCAGAGGUUUUUACGUCAAUCCUAAUGGUGGCUGCCUGACUUGUCCUUGCUACACUCAGGGAACUCUCCAGGGAACCUAUUGUAAUUCUGUCACUGGUCAGUGUGAGUGUAAAGAAGAAUUUGGUGUGGGCGGACUGCAAUGCAACCAAUGUUUGCCAACCUUCUUUGCUUUUGAUUCCAGACUUGGAUUCUGUACAGCUUGUAACUGUUUACCAGCUGGUAGUUUAAACAUUACUUGUAACCCAACUACUGGACAAUGUCAGUGUAAGCCACUGGUGGAAGGUUUAGCUUGUGACAGAUGUAAAAAUGGUUCAAGUCUAAUGGAUGCCAACAAUCCAUUUGGGUGCAGUACUACUCCUUCACAACUCCCACAGCCAGACCUAAUUAACAGAACAUCAACAUCCUUCCUUCUGUCUUGGAAAAGACCAGACUAUCCGAAUGGAGUUAUCUUAAGAUACAGCAUUUAUCGUAAUAAUUCAGUUGUUGGUAAUACACUGCCUAAUGUAACAAACUUUUUAGAUUCCAAUCUUCAACCCUUUACUUUUUACAACUAUUUUGUUGAAGUCAUGAAUGCCUUUGGUUCAUCAAGAAGUCCUCAAAUAACUUUUCAAACACUUCCUGGCAAUCCUAGCAAUGACAUGAAUUUAACGGUGACAGACAUUAGAGCCAGAAGUGCUUUCUGUACUUGGACCCCACCAACCAACCUGAAUGGUCCACUGUUGAAAUACAACAUUAUUUCAGUGAUGCUUGCUAGCAAUACAACUAGAGUAGAAUGGGAGGGAAACAGUACUUCAGCCAUGUUGACUACAUUAUCACCAUAUACACGCUACAACCUGGUUCCUAGGGCAUGCACAGUUGGGGGCUGCACAGACAGCAGGGCUGUACAAAUUAUCACUAUGUCAGCUGCACCAGAGGGACAACAGCCUCCAAACAUCACAGCACUCAGCAGCUCAGAACUCUAUGUUACAUGGCAACCACCCCUGUUUCCAAAUGGAAUCAUAAUUUUCUAUGAGCUUUGGAUGCGAGGUCCACUUGGUCCAGACAACCAGUACAACCCACCGGCUUCUAGAAUAUUUAAUCCUAGUGGACGGUUUGAUACUUUAGCCACACCUGCUGGAAAUCCAUUGGACCCACCUGACACAUGGUACACAGUGGGAGGAUUGCAGGCUUACACUACAUAUGAAUUUCAAGUCUAUUCUCAAAAUGAUGUUAGCAAGGCUGCUAGCCCUUGGGUCAAAGGCCGAACUUUGGAAGCUCUUCCCAAAUAUUUAAGUCCGCCAACAACCACUGGUAUUAGUAAUUCUGAACUUUUGAUUACAUGGACUGAGCCUCAGGCAGCAGACAUGCAGGGCCUUGUCAACAUCUACAGAUUAUAUGAAAACAUUUUAACAGAUCUGACCAAAUAUCCAUUUGAUCCACCAUCAGUUUGGACUUUAAUUUAUGAGGGUAACAGCAGCACAUUGAGGUAUGUUAAGUCAGGACUGACUCCUUAUUCUGCUCACAGUUUCUGUCUGGAGGCUUGCAACAGUCAAGGUUGUAUUAACAGUACAACAGUCACUGGACGCACACUUCUUGCAGCUCCUGAAGGAGUGCAGAGACCUCAAGUUGAUGGAUUCAACACUACAGUCAUGAAGAUCAGUUGGGACCCACCACUGUUUCCAAAUGGGCCCCCACCCACCUACAGGGUGCAGAAGACUAACAUUGCCCUUAGUUACCCUGCUUCUGUCAUUAGAGGUACACGCUUCACUGGAGGGGGCUACUACUCUUUCUCUCCAAAUAUAAUCCCACAGAAUGUAGCUUUUACUGGCAUUCGCUUGAAGUUUAGACUGGAGAGAGGGACAGGCAUUCUGCUGUUUAGCGCCACCAGUACUCAAGAGGAGUUCAUAGUUGUGCAGUUUGUGAAUGGUAGGCCAAGGUUUAUGUUUGAUACACAAGGUUGUACAAAUAUUGCUUUCAUCACCACAACCAAUGAUGAGGGACUUAUCUACAAUGAUAGGAAAUGGCACACAUUUGAGGCUCGUAGAGAUGGUGUCAGUGGUCAGGUAGUCGUGGACAACAAAUGGAUAGGUUCAAGCAACAUCAGAGAUGCUUUGUGCACAGAUACUAGUGUGAUAGGACCAACCACUGGUGUAUAUGUCGGAGGCUUUCCUGCUGAGUUUAUACUGCGACGUACAGACAAAACACGAAAAAUAGAAACAACACCGUUUCAAGGCUGCAUAGAUAAUGUUGAGAUUUUAACCCAGAAAUUUCCAGAAGAAAUUUGGACCAAACUGGACUGGACUCAAGGAAAAACAAAUGAUUUGGCAUUUCUGAACUGGCAGGGUUGUCCCAUCAAUCUUCAGCAAGGAUUUCAUUUCAUGGGAAAAGGAUAUCUGGUGAUUGCCAACUGUGAUGACAAAGGAAUCUGUGACAUUAGUGGUGACAAAAUUGAAGUUCGUUUUAGAAUGAGAACCACACUACAUACUGGACUUCUCUUUUUGAUCUAUGGUGGAAAUGGCAUUUAUAUGUAUAGUGUGCUGGACAAUAGGCGUCUCAGUUUUACAAUCAGUAGCAACAAUUACAACACCAGGGUCCUAUAUGACAGACCAGAAACUAAUCUAUGUGAUGGUCAGUGGAGGGACUUUGUCUUCUCCAAAAUUGGACAGCAAGCAUCCAUUGCAGUACUGCAGGGGAGAAACGUCUCUGUGGGUGAUCCCAAUGUGGCCAUGAGUUUGUCUUUAACAUCCGACAUAUUUCUUGGUGGACUGAAAACAGGAUCAGCAGCUUUAAAGUAUGUUCAACAGAAUGGCUUGACUAUACCUGGCGAUGGUUUUGGUGGAUGUUUUUCUGGGUUUGCCAUUAAUACAAAAGAAUAUGAAAAAGAUAUGAUUGUAGUGGAUGUUGAUAACACCAACCUGGAUGGCUGUCCACCAUAUCAUGAUGUGGAGAUUACUUGUCAGUCCAGCCUGAUCACAGAAAUAUACAAUGGAACAGAUACUGUGGCUUAUGAAACAGGAUUAUUACCAUAUACAGAUUACAUCUACAGAGUGGUGGCCUCUAACUCUGCUGGAGAAGGCUACAGUUCAUGGGCUUAUGGCAGAACAAGAGAAGGAGCCCCCAGUGGUGUAAAAGCUCCUAUCAGUGUGAGAACUAUCAGUGGCUAUGAAGUGGAAGUGAUCUGGCUAGAGCCAGAAAUAACCUAUGGGUUACUUACCAAGUAUGUGAUCAUGGCCUAUAUGGUCAACAGCACUUCAUUUGUCUCCAUGGACAUACUAGAUGUCAGCUUGACUGCAGCCAACAUGACAGGUGUAAUACCGGAUACGACCUAUUUGAUUAAAAUGAAGGCAUGCACACCAGGUGGCUGUACAGAGAGCAUUGAUGGGAUGCAAGUUACUAUGCUCAUAGAAGCACCAGAGAAUGUUUCAGCACCAACAGCAGAUGCUGGACCAAAUUAUUUACUUGUAAAAUGGACACUUCCUGGUAAACCCAAUGGUCCUAUCACAGGCUUUGUGUUGUAUAAAGAGGGAGCGGAAGUUUAUAAAGGAGGACAAUUGUCCUAUAAUGUCACUGGCUUACAGGUCUAUACAGCCUACAGGUUUUAUGUAUCAGCUUGUACUGUGGCUGGCUGUACUAGUGGACCCUCAGUGGCCCUCAGCACAUUACAGCUGCCACCAACUUCAGUAGGACAACCAAGACUUCUUGUAUUAGGUACAUCUCAGAUUGAUGUCAGCUGGGACAAACCAUCAGAACUUAAUGGUGUACUGGAGUCUUACUUAUUGUAUGCAUCCACUGCAGAAGAUAGUCUUGGUGAUGUGGUCUACAAUAGUUCUGUCUUUAUUCAGCGUUAUGUCUUGACUGGACUGAUGGCUGGCACCAAAUAUUAUAUUACACUUGGGGCAUGUACUGGUGGAGGCUGUACAGUAGGGCAACCUGCAUCUGCUACAACUAAAGAAAGUGCUCCAGAUGGUGUUCCCUUGCCUGUGGUUGUGGCACUCAGCACUAGUGAACUGUUGGUCACCUGGGAUCCACCUAAAUAUCCUAAUGGUGCAAUCAUCAGAUAUGUAUUGGUACAAAAUGGUAUCCAGGUACAAAGUGGAUUGACCAGAUCCUAUACAAGCACUGGACUGGAGCCCUUCAGUAGACACAUCUUCCGUGUUGAGGCUUGUACAGCUUUGGGUUGUGCUUCAAGUGGACAGGUUGAAAUGAGGACCAAAGAAGCGCCACCUAUUGGCUUGAUAGUUCUGAAUGCAAAUGUCGUCAGUUCUAGAAGUGUCAAUGUGUCAUGGACUGUGCCAGAAAAGCCCAAUGGUUUUUUGAUGUACCAGACAUUUUUUACUGGAUUGUUUUAUAUAGAUACUGCCAACUGGAACUACUCUGUCGUAUCUGAUAGACGUCUGCUACUAAAUGCUACUGCUGGCUACAUUACUUACUUAGUGACAAACCUGCUGCCAAUGUCAACCUACUCUAUCCAGAUCAAUGGAACAAACUCUGUUGGCUUCAUCCUCAGUAAUAGUGUCAAUGUCACACUGCCUCCUGGAACACCAGAUGGUGUUGCCCCACCCAAGCUAGUGUCUGAUACACCUAGAUCAGUCAAGGUCACCUGGAUGCCUGCAGGCAGGGUGAAUGCCAAUGAAGCAGUAGCCUAUUUACUGCAAUUCAUGGAGACCUCGAGCAAUGCCAUGCUACAGAAUGAAUUUGGUCCAACCACUACACUGAGCUAUACUAAAAUGAACUUGGUGCCUUACACUGAAUAUAAAUUUAGAAUCAUCGCCAGCAACAGUUAUGGGGAUACAACAUCGGACUGGUCAUCUGUAGUCACUAAACAGGACAAGCCAGCUCUAAUCAGUCCUCCAGUUUUGACUAGUGUGAAGUCCAGAUAUAUUGAUAUUGUUUGGUCUGCACCACUCAGUCCUAAUGGUCUCAUCAGUAAUUACAAUAUUUACUUGAACGGUGUCCUGAGAUCUCAGGUUGCUGGAAACAUGAGUCUAUUGCGAGUAGACAACCUGACACCCUAUACUGACUAUAUGUUUGAGAUUGAGGCUUGCACUGAUGCUGGAUGCACUAAAAGUAUACAGAGUCCAACAGUUAGAACUCUUGAAGACAUUCCUGAAGAUUUGAUGCUUCCAACUUUAAGAGCUGUUAGUCCUUCUGCAAUUGAAAUAGUUUAUCAAGCUCCACAGAAGCCUAAUGGAGUGAUCACUCAGUACAUUAUAGAACGUAAAGUUGGCAACACAGACAAUGCAACAGUUGUCUCUCAGCGCAUUCCACAGAUGGCAAUGACUUUCAUUGAUGAAUCCAACAGUUUGAUGCCAUUCACUGUCUAUAACUACCGUGUCAAUGUGGGUAAUGGAGCGGGAGUUGCUAUGGGACCAUGGGCUCAAGUCACUACAGGAUCCUCACGUCCUGCUGGUGUCAACCCUCCUCAGGUUACAAUUUUAAGUCCAACAUCUGCUUUAGUUCAGUGGGCUGAACCACUUCAACUGAAUGGACAAAUUGAGGUUUAUGUUGUGUCUUUCCCUAAUCCACGCAUAGAAAUACGUAACACCACGCAACAUAUGGUGGCUGUGACCAACCUAACACCUUAUACACAGUAUGCAGUCACUCUGACAGCCUGCACCAGUGGGGGGUGUACAGAGAGUGUAGCUACUUUAGUGACCACUACAUCAGCCAUUCCAUCAGGACUGGGGGCUCCAGUUCCAACAGCUAUCUCUCAGUCCAGGAUCUCUAUCUUAUGGCAGCCUCCAUUAUCACCUAAUGGACCAAACAUUACCUAUGAACUCUCUCGCAUAAAAGUUCGCCAGCCACUUGACACUACUGUAACUGACAUUGGAAUAUGGCUGAGUGUGUACAGAGGAACCUCUCUGUUCUAUGAAGAUACCAACCUUCCAAUGUUCACCACCUACAUCUAUAGAACCACAGUGUUCAACAGGGUGGGUCAGAUGAUCAGUCCAAAUUCUACUGAAGCCACAACAUAUGGAGGAUUACCUAGACUGCCAGCUAAUGUGACAGCAGUAGCUAGAGAUCAUCUCAGUAUCAUUGUCAACUGGACACUGCCAAGUCCAGUGGAUCUGCAAGGUGAAGUUCAAAGUCUCACAUUGCAAGCCAUGAGCAGCAAGAAUAAUGUCACAGUCUCUCCCAGCGGGAAUCAGGUCACCUAUGUGGUGGACACUCUGGAGCCCAACACUGACUACACAGUGACACUUACAGUGACCAUAUUUGGUGGAGCCUAUCUAACCAGUCAACCAGUCCUUGUCAAAACAAAAGAUGGAGCUCCAGCAGGACUCAGUCCACCACAAAUAUCUGUGGUCAGCACCAACUCUCUCAGGAUAGCCUGGGCAGCUCCAGGGCAACCCAAUGGAGAGAUUGUUUCUUAUACAAUUUUGGUAAAUGACAGGAGGAUACCCACUGGUAGUAAAUACCCAGGCAGUGCUGUUGUCUCUGACCUACAGCCAUUUACUAUAUAUGACAUUAAGAUAGAAGCUUGUACUGUGUAUGCAUGUGCUGUGAGUCCAAGCACACUUGGUGCUACUGCUGAAGCUCCACCUCAAGAUAUGGCUCCUCCCAUCUUCACAUCUGUCACUCCAGUUCAAGUGCUGGUACUGUGGAGCCAACCAAUCAAACCAAACGGUGUUAUACUGAGAUAUGAUCUAUGGAGAAAAACUAACAAACAGUGCACAGAUAUUUCUGCUCAAAGCCCCCAGCCAAGCCUUGCUCCAUGUAGUUAUAUUGAAUGUGGUUUGCUAGAGAGACAAUGUGGGUCAUCUUGUUACUCUGGAUCCAAGGUUUGCUGCAAUGGUAUCAUUAUGAAUGCCAGAUCUGGCUUUGAAUGUUGUGGUUCUGACUAUUUAUUAAAACCAAGAUUUGACUCUGUGUGUUGUGGUGGUCAGUUCUAUGAGCCUAGGGGAAACUACUCCUGUUGUGGACAAAGAUACAUUGAAGUGCUGCCUGGAGAAAUCUGCUGUGCAGACACCACUGAAGACAGACUGUCUGUUAGUUUGGGGGAUGCUUGCUGUGGAUCAAUGCCUUAUACAUUAAAUGGGCCACAGUUGUGUUGUCAAGGUCAACUUGUCAGUAAGUAUGGGAGAAAAUGUUGUGGAGGUAAAGUCAUCUAUGAUUCAACUAUCUGCUGUGGUCUGGCUAGUCAAGGGGAAGGUCAGAUGUACUUGCAGCAGCCAGGUUAUGUUUGCUGUGGGCAGGAGUAUGUAGAGUCUAAACUGACAUUGUGUUGUGUCAGUGAUAACAAUGUCACAAAGACUCAUUACUAUGGCAGUGAGCAAGAGAAGUUGAUGGCAUCAGACAAAUGUUGUGGUGUGAGUCGAGUCAGUAAGAAUCUGGCUUGUUGUAACAAUGUUGGUUACAAUCCAAUCUCUAAUGUUUGUGCAGAUAAAUCUUUUCAAGUAGCUGGCUGUGGUACUGGUGUGGUAUGUCCUAUCAGCCAACAGUCCACUGCUUAUUGCAAUAGAUGUGACUUUGAUACAUCCCAGCGUACAUGUGGAUUUAUAAAGAGCUCUGAGAUAAGUCCUACAACUCCAUCCUCCAACUUGUCAUCUACCUGUACCUCAGAUCCUGAAAGAAUUUAUUCAGGACUUAGUCUUAAUUAUACAGACUUGAACCUGGUCCCAUAUUCUCUAUAUGAAUACAGUGUUGUGGUUGUCAACAGUGCUGGCUCAACUUCCAGUUCUUGGGCAACCAUUAGGACAUUAGUGGCGCCACCAGAGCAAGUCCUUCCUCCAUCCUCUCGAGUGGCUCCUGGGGAACUGUUUGCCAUAUAUCUAACUUGGACAGAGCCCCAGAAACCAAAUGGUAUCAUCAGCAACUAUAUUUUAAGAAGAGAUGGUAUCCAGUUGUACAGUGGACUGGGCACUAACUUCACAGAUGACCUGAACAUAUUGCCUUAUAGGAGUUACUCUUAUAUUCUAACAGCUUGCAAUGUAGCUGGAUGUGGCACCAGUGAUGUGAUGACUGUUGCUACAGCACAGGCUAUUCCAGAGAACUUAGUUGCUCCCUAUGUGACUGUAGUCAACUCUACACAGAUUGUAACUCGAGCCCAGCCCCCUGGCUCUCCCAAUGGACUUAUUACACUUUAUACUGUCUACAUAGUGGGCACACAGAUGUCUUACAACUCUACGUUGCCAGAGGAGUUCACCUUCACAGGAUUAAAGCCAUAUACAAGUUAUACAUUAGAAAUGAGAGUCUGUACCAUUAUUGGAUGUGCCACAAGUCCCAAUGUAACAGUCAAAACAACAGAAGAUUUACCAGAAGGCUUAUCUCCUCCAAGAAUCAUUGUCAUCAGUCCAUCUGUUCUUGAACUUUACUGGCAUGCUCCAGUCUCCUUGAAUGGAAUUCUCCUAGGAUACAGAAUCACUCAGACUAGACCACAGCCGGUAACAGUUGUCUAUUUUGGAUCUGAUACAAUGUCUCGGCUUACAAACUUAACUCCUGGACAAACCUACACUUAUCAGUUAGAUGUUAGCAAUGGAGCUGGAAGUACUAGCAGCAUCCCUAGAGACAUUGUCAUGCCCUGGAGAUCUCCACUAAAUAUACCUGUUCCACAAAAUGUGACAGUACUGAGCUCUACAUCCAUUCAAGUCAAGUGGUUACCUAUUACUUCUGACCAAGGGGACAUUGAUAAUUACAAAGUUCUAUUGAAUAUUGGCUUGGAGACUGAAGUUGAAAGAGGUGUUGGUCUGGACACAUCUAUAGUGAUCUCCCCUUUACUGCCCUAUACAAAGUAUGAAGUGAGACUACAGGCUUGUCUUAUGAAUGUAUUGAAUGGCUGUGGCACUAGCAGUGGUGUUCUUGUCCAAACAAUGGAAGACAUGCCUCUAGGGAUGGCCAAUCCUAGGCUACAGGCUGUGGCCUCUAAUGCAGUUCUUAUCCAGUGGGUGCCCCCCUCCACACCUAAUGGAAAUAUUUUAGUUUAUAGAAUAUUUCAAAGAAAAGCUGGUGAUGCUAAUACGGAAAUACUUGUGAAUCAAGUCCAAGGAAAUGUUUCUCAGUUCCUACAUUCUGGGCAGGAUAUUAAACCAUUUCAGUUUUAUGAAUACAGGGUUCUGGCAGAAAACUCUAAAGGAUCAAUAUCAAGUAACUGGAGCUCAAUACAAACUUUGCAGGCUGCACCAACAAACUUGUCCAGUCCUAUCAUACUGUCUGUCAGUUCUUAUGGUGUCACUCUUUCCUGGGCACUUCCCCUAAAUCCCAAUGGAAUCAUUCAGGAGUACAGGAUCUACUAUCAGAUAUCCACUGGCACAUCCCCCUCUUUGUUGAGUGUUGGGGGAAAUGUAACGUCAACCACAGUAAGCAACUUGGAGGCUUACACUAGCUACAUUCUGUAUAUGGAGGCUAUGAACAUAGCUGGGAGUGUUAUGUCUCCAGGAGUCAGUUUUACUACCAGAGAAGGAUACCCCUCAGGACUUGGUAACUUUAAUGUUGAGAAAGUCAACACAGGUUUAUCUGUCAUACUGACUUGGGAUGCACCCACUAAACCAAACGGAAUAAUCACUAUGUACAGGAUCUAUGAAAAUGGGUCAAACAUUGCCCUCUACACUGGACUGGGUCAACAGUUUGAGUACAGAAGAUUGUUGCCAGCAAGCAAAUAUUUUGUCAAACUCGAGGCUUGCACAAAAAUGGGUUGUACAAGUGGACAGUUGCAGUCUUUCUGGACAGCAGAAAUUGCUCCAUCUGCUCAGCCAAGCCCUGUGCUUGGAAAUGUGACAUCUAGAAAUGUUCAAUUGUUAUGGAAACCUCCUGUCAAUCCCAAUGGGGUCAUCACAGCUUUUGAGGUUCUGAGGGUCUCCAACUCUCUGAGCAGGAAACGUAGACAAACUUUACUAUUGGAGGAGAAUGAAGAACCACAGAGUCUGUUUUCAAUCCAUCAUGUUAUGGAACUGUCUUAUGAAGCUUGCCAUUAUCUGCCUAUGUAUCACCUAAUAGAUUCAGGCAAUUAUUUGAAUUACAUUCCUCAGAACUACAGCAUUCAUACACCAGUUCUUAGUUGUGGGGCGAUAGUGUCCAGGUCUAAAAGACAAACCACCAGUGAUCCCCAAGUUGUGUAUAGGACAACCAACACUUCAGGUGACCAGUUUGAGUUUACAGAUACAAACCUUCAGCCAUAUUCCAGCUAUCAGUACAGUAUACGUGCAUGCAAUUCUUUAGGGUGUACAUCUUCCCCAUGGCAGUCUGUAACUACAUCACAAGCUCCACCAGUAGGUGUUCAGCCACCAACUCUCCAGUAUGUGAGCAAUGAGAUAGGAACUUUGAAUGUCACCUGGUCAGCACCAACUCAGAUGAAUGGGGUCCUGCAAAGCUAUCAGAUUCAAAGAAACACUAGUCUGCCACUCUCCUUUUCUUCUGAUGCUGGGCGACAGUUUUUAGACUCUGGUUUGCUCCCCUACACAGUGUACUCUUACAAGCUGACGGCAUGCACAGGUGGUGGUUGCACCACAAGCUUACCAGCCACUCUAAGAACUCUAGAAACAUCACCUUUCUUAGUGCCUUCCCCUACAGUACAGUCAGUUAACUCUACAGUGCUCAGAGUUACCUGGACUAAACCUCUGAUCAGUAAUGGAGAAAUCAUCCAGUACAAGCUGAAGAUGGAUGGCUCUUUUAUUUACUCUGGACUGGAAGAGUCUUUCACCAUCUUGUAUCUCAAACCUUAUGAGCAGCAUGUCUUUAGAUUAACAGCUUGCACUAAUGGGGGCUGUACAGAGUCAGGGGAUGUAACUGGUAGAACAGAAGAUGCAUCUCCCACUGGUCUGUCUCCACCUCUUCUUAGAGUUCUGAGCUCAAACUCAAUUGAGAUCACGUGGUCAGCUCCCUCCAACCCAAAUGGGAUAAUAACCUCUUAUUACAUCAGAAGAGACAGUCGACUGAUCUAUAUUAGUGAUGGUAUGGUAAUGACAAAAAUAGAUUACAGCUUAGAACCAGGACAAGAAUACUCCUACACUAUCAUUGCAGAAAACAGAAAGGGUUCCAUAGAAAGUGAUGCUGCUAGAGCUGUGACCUAUUCUGCUUCACCCUCUGGUCUAGCAGCACCCAUAGUCACUUCAGUUUCUUCCACAUCAAUCAAAGUGGACUGGACCCCACCCACCUCACCCAAUGGUGCAAUUGUCAACUAUACAGUGUACCAAGGCAAUACUAAAGUCUACACUGGCCCAGCUACACAGUUGACUUACACAGUUUCUGGUCUGCAGUAUUACACACAGUAUACUUUCAGUGUUGAGGCAUGCACUAACAGAGGCUGUCAGAUCAGUCAGUCAUCUGUGGCCAUGACCUUAGAAGCUUUGCCAGAAGGUCAGCCUCAACCAACACUGCUGGCAUUAGCAGAUGAGCUGGGAGCACAUGCAGGCAUUCAGAUAUCAUGGGAAGGUCCUGUGAAACCUAAUGGAAUUAUUGUUGGUUAUGAGUUGAGGAGAAGAAGUGUAUUAAAUGUUGUGGAAGCUAGCUACACAGAACCAGUCAAUGUUUUCAAUGGUAGCAGCAGAACUUUGACUGACACAUCUAGUGAACUCAAACCAUAUACUCAGUACCAAUACAUGGUGAUAGCAACCAACUCUGUUGGCAAAACCGGAAGUCUAUGGGCAAGUGUAACCACUAAAGAAGCAUCACCCCAGGGAGUGUUACCUCCAGUUGUCAAUUCCACAACAUCUACAACAAUCACAGUGACUGUCCCACAACCAACAGUCAGCAAUGGGAUCAUCAAGUUCUACAGAGUGCUGGUGAAUGAUACAGUGCUGUCAGCCUCACCAUUGUCUGCUGUGCUCACUGUUGGACUGUCUCCUCCACUUUCUCCCUACACACUGUACAACUUGAAGUCUCAGCUCUGUACAUCCGCUGGCUGUGCCACUAGCACUGGUGUGCUGGUGAAAACUGACAGUGCUAAGCCAACUGGACUUGCUUCUAUCAGAAUAACUGCAACAACCAAUGAUUCUAUCACACUUGAAUGGGCUCCACCUUUGAACCCUAAUGGUGUCAUACAGAGGUAUGAAGUGUAUCAGAGAAAGACUUGUCCACCAACUGUCCAGCCGUUUAAUCAAACCUGUAUUCUUGGUGACAUCAGUCUGACCUACUCUGGCCUCAACUUGAGUUUCACUGUUGGCAACCUUGAACCUUACACAGCCUACAGCUUUCAAGUUCAGUGCUUUAAUGAUAAAGGUGGAACAGACUUUAAUACAUGGGUCAGUGCAGAAACCAAACCUUCAAUUCCAAUCUACCUUGGCUCCAUCAAGCUUUACAAAAAUGGAACUAUGGCAAAAGUAAACUGGGAAAAUUCUUUUGAUUUGAAUGGUCAGCUGAGAGAGUUUCUCCUACUGGCUGAUGGUAUUGUUGUGUUUCGAGGUGUUGCUUUUGAAGGGGGCGUGGAGAGGAAGACAAAAAGUCAAGCCAUCAGUUUCAUUGUUCAAGCUAUUACCUCCACUGGCCAAGCUGAAUCACCUGUCAUUGUGUUUGAUCCUAGUGCUGUUGAUAACAUUGGCACAACAACUUUAGCACCAGUUGCUGCAGAAAAGUCUUCCUCAACACCUGUGUACCAGGAGAUUUGGUUCAUUGUUCUGAUGUGUAUCCUGGCCCUGCUGGUUCUUUUUAUAGUGUUGGCUUUGUGCAUUCGUUGCAAUGGCUCCAACAAACCUUACAUCAGAGAGAGGAUGCCCUUACACCAUAAUAAUGAUAGAACUUUACCUCGGGGACUUUAUGUCAUUGAUGCAGCUGAUGGCAGUAUCAUAGAUGGCUUAUCUCCAAGACGUCGCAAACAUUUGUAUCAAGGUCCUGGGAUAGGUUUAGUGAACCCUGCCUUUGUUAAUGAGAGAAUGUCACCAAGUAGAUUCAGCAGAGCUCAUACCAAAUAUUUUGAUUCUGAUAGUGAUGACAUGAAGCCUUAUGACAGUGGUUUGUUUGAUGACCUUGAUAGCAGCAGUAGCAGUGGGCAUACCUACAGUUACACAAAGGAACAGACAGUCUUUACUGAUACUCAUCUAUAAAUAACCUCAAAACAAAUUCUUUUCAUGUGUUGAACUUGUUGACCCAACAGAUAUGUUCAUAAAUGUAGUGGACAACUGAUGUGUUGAAACAAAAAAAUGUGAUUGUGAAUCAAAGGCAUAAAUAGUGAUUUAAAAGUCACUCUCUAGUCAUUGUCAUCUGUUUGUGUCUAUCCUUGAGAUGAGGCUCAAGUAUUUCUGUCUCUGUGUGACUAUGGAGGUAUUUUUCAAAUCUACCACUAAUGUUGAAUUGAUUGCUACAUUUUCUACUGUUAAUUUAUUUUACUUUUUUUGAUAGGCCAGUAAAUUUAUACCAAUAUUUCAUCUUUACUAAUUAAUUUUUGGUGGCCCCCGAAAAGGGAAAAGACGCUAUUAGUUUUGUGUGGAAUGUCCCGCUUAGAUCUCUUAAACUAGAAAAGAUAGUGAAAAUCCCACUUCAUAAUAUUUUAGACCAUUCAAUGUUCUAAUGCAAUGGCUACUUUUUUCUUUUCUGAAAGCGAAAAAUCUAAUUUUAACAAAAUUUAACUUUUUUAAAAGAAAUAAUCUGUUUAGUAUGCAUAUAAGUUGGGCAUAAUUUAAAAACAACAAUUAAUAAGUAGUUUUUCAUAUUAUCGCAUGAACUGCAGUGAUGCAACUCCGAAAUGAAGGAAUUAAAAAAAAAAUAUUUUUUUUACGAAAAUGUUUUUUCUUGAGGAAUAAGAGUUUGUCCCUUUACAAAACAAUAAGAGCAAUUAUUCAUUAUAAAUCAUUUUUAGUUAGGCCAGAUUCCCAUCUAACUUCACAUUCAGCUAUCCUUUGGUCUGUGGACCGCUGGGGCACCACACAAGAUCUGCCAACCUUCUUUCUCUAUUCUUCUCUGUCAUUUGUCUUUGAUAAAAUUGCAUUCUGAUGUUCUUUCUGAAAAAUAUUGAAACCUGCCUGGGUGGACCACUUUGGGCCGAUUUUGAGUUUGUGUCUCCACACAAACUGUCUUUGUACUCUUGUUUAAAUUUCAUUUUAUUGAUACUAAUACCUAAUUUUUUUUUACAUUUCUUUUACUUGACUUUGCAGCUGAGUUUCAUUUUAAUGUAAAAGUUAAAGACUUAAGUCUUUGUAAUUUUAACUUUUUUCUCUAGGAUUGUGUACAAAUAAGAACAUAUUAAUUAAAAAAUGCAUCAUAAAAUUAUCUUGGGACGCAAUGGGUCAAGACAAUUAUUAGUUGCAGAAUUCUUUUCUUUACAAAGAGACACCCCUGAAUCAAAUACGUAUGAUUUUAUUUCCCCUCAAUUCUAUAAUUAAACCAGCUAACCACAUUAAGGCUUAGAUGAGAUCAAAUGUAUCCCUGAAUAGCUUGUUUUAAAAAUCUGGAAUAUAUUACCUUGUCUCAAUAGUGUUAGCAAUAUUUUGUAGUUCAUUUAAUAACAGGGUGAUGAAGUACACAAUUUUUGUUUUGUCUCACAGUGUAAUGUAAAAAAAAAAUAUUUAUUCUGUCCAUUAUUUAUAUUGUGCAAUAUUUUGUCCUUUUAUGUAAAUUAGUUGAUUUAUUUUGGACCAACUUGAUCACAAUGAAUUUUAUUUUGUACUUAACUUUUACAAUAUAACAAUUAAGAGGAUCACUUAA